CUGAGGGGAUAGAUCGUUCCCCGCCGCAAGGGAUCGAUCACCCCAGCAGCAGAGCUGAAGAAGUGGUGAGUGAGUCACCGACCCCCCUAGGAAGCGGGGGGGGCCGGUGUGAAGAUGGAGGCAAUGGGGAGGGAGCGCAGUAUUAACUGUGCUCCAGGAAGGUACCAGAGGCACAUAGAGCGGCACUGUGAGGGGCGCCCUGGGCCAGCGCUUACCCCCCCACACUGGUCAGCAAUCCUGUCGGGGACCACGGAUCUCAGCCAGCAAAAGUCCUCAGGCCAGUAUAAACAUCUAAAGAGCGGGAAGACAGCACCAUUAAGGGGGCGGAGCUUCUCCUCAGAGCGGACCCAUCAGCGUUCCAGCACCAUUUUCCUGCCUGCACAGCACUGGGAGGAAGAACAGGUCCCUCCACAGCAACUCCAACUGUCAGCUCCAACUGGUUGUACCAGAAGAUUGAUGUCCAUUUUCUUCUCUGUAUUAGUCUUCUCAUUUGUUUGUAUAAGUAUGGCACAACUCCAACAAGUAGGAGGUCCCGAUGAAAAAGAAAAGACAACUGCAUUAAAAGAUCUGCUUUCCAGAAUAGAUUUGGAUGAGCUGAUGAAAAAAGAUGAGCCUCCUCUUGAAUUCCCCGAUACCUUGGAAGGGUUUGAAUAUGCAUUUAACGAAAAUGGUCAGCUGCGACAUAUUACAACUGGAGAUCCGUUUGUCUUCAACUAUCGGGAGGACUUGCACAGAUGGAACCAGAAGCGGUAUGAAGCCCUAGGAGAGAUUAUAACAAAGCACGUAUAUGAGUUACUGGAAAAGGACUGCAGUCUGCAGAAGGUAUAUUUACCGAUAGAUGCAACAGAAAGUGAACCAAAGAGUUUUAUUUUCAUGAGCAAGGAUGCAAUGACAAAUCCAGACAAAAUGUUGGUUUUAAUCCAUGGCAGUGGAGUGGUGAGGGCAGGACAGUGGGCCAGAAGACUUAUAAUAAACGAGGACUUAAACAGUGGAACACAAAUCCCUUACAUCAAGAGAGCGAUGAAAGAAGGCUAUGCGGUUAUUGUGCUAAAUCCUAAUGAAAAUUAUGUGGAAGUGGAAAAGAGCAGACCCCUGGCACAGCAGCAGUCUCCGGAAGGCUCAGACGAGCCCGCUGAAAAGAGAGAGAGGAGAGAGAAGAUUCCAAAAGACACAAAAAAACGGAGAGACUUUUAUGAGAAAUACCGAAACCCCCAAAAAGAGAAGGAGACCCUGCAGUUAUACAUAAGAGAUAACAGCAGCCCUGAAGAACAUGCCUUGUAUGUAUGGGACAACUUCAUUUCAAAAGCAGCUGCUGAAAAUGUGUUUUUUGUUGCACACAGCUAUGGGGGACUUGCCUUUGUGGAACUGAUGAUUCAGCGUGAAGCUGAUGUGAAAAGUAAGGUCACCGCUGUAGCUCUGACAGAUUCCGUGCACAACGUGUGGCAUCAGGAAGCCAAUAAAACUAUUCGAGAAUGGAUGCGAGAGAAUUGCUGCAAUUGGGUGUCCAGCUGUGAACCAUUAGACACCUCAGUGGAAUCCAUGCUGCCAGACUGCCCACGCGUUUCUGCAGUUGCUACUGCAAUAAGGAACAACCAGACUCUCUUCAAUGGCUACAUGUGCAGCCCUCUAAUCUACAAAUCGGCCGUAUAUUAUCUUUAAUUUCAGUAUCAAAGAAAAACACAACCCAAAAAUGAGCCCCUUACUCAUUCAGACCUUCCCACAUGGCACAAAAAGGACCUCCAAAUGUUCCUCAUAUACUUUCAGUUCCUAAAUGUCCCUUCAGACCUCCAUGCAUAUCAUUUAAUACUCAUAUUUAUCAUGCCAUCCCACUCAGACAGCACCCCCACAUUCACCCUUCACUGGGCUUCCCAAUAACCACUUCCUAGUAGCCUGAUGACCUGUACUAAUUUAAUGACCACUAAUUAGACACUAAUUCAUAAUUUGUGACUAAUUAGUGGUCAUUUGAUUAGUAGUGGGUGUUAACCAGUAAUUAUUAAUACCAGUCUGCCUAAAAUGUCCUUUCUAAUAAAGUUCAACUCUUUCCAGUGGAGAAAGGAGGGAGAGCACCUGGUUCAGACUUAACGUUACCCUCCGUUCUCUGAUCUUAAGCUGGAUCCACACCUGAACAAUGGUGCGAGCCAGCAUCGCCGUGCACGCUGCAUGAUCCGCUGUUCAGCGACGCACUAUAUCAUUGCAUGCCUCAUCUAACAACAAAGUGUCAUCCGUGGAAUCGUCCGUCUCAGUGAUUCUCAAACUCGGUCCUCAGGACCCCACACAGCUCACGUUUUCCAGAACGCCCAGCAGGUGCGCUGUGUAUCACCAACCAUCACAUUUUAAAAAUCCACAGGUGACCUGGAAAACAUGAACUGUGUGGACCAAGUUUAAAAACCACUGGAUCUAAUGUGCAGCACAUCAGAUGGGACGAGGGCAACCACCAAACAAUGGAUUGGAGGGUACACAAAAUAUGAUGGUCAUUGCGAUCCAAUGCGGAUUGCAACAUCGUGUGUAUCCAGCUUCAUCCUAUGUUUUAUGGUUUUCAGUGGGGCAUAUAGCUAAGAAUAAGUCAGAAUGGAGGACACAAAGCGUGGAAGCGGUAUCUGCAGGUGAAGACUUAUCAGGCAGGUUGUUGAUCAUGACAUUGGUCUACUAGUUUGAACAUUGUACAAUUGCAAGUGUUUAUUAGCAAUUAUCUCUUCCAUUUAGCUAAUGUUCCUGCUGUUACACUAACGAUAUAGAUCUAACAGGUUAUUCAGAAGCUUGAUGAUGGAACUCUUCUAACACUGCCGUCUUACCUAAAGCAAGCUCUGCUUAAAUCCAACCAUUUGAGAUGCUGUUUGACAUCCAUGCAGCUAGUUGUAAGAAUUUGGCGCACAUCGCUUUAUAUAAGCAUCAGCUAAUUCUAAAAUUACCCAUAAAGAUGGGGUUUACAAGCUUUCACUGACAGCUCUGCUUCCUGAAGAAAUGUGGAGAUAAUACACAUUUAUUAUUUGGCAGUUUGCGGCUUUUGUUUGAUAGUCAGUAGCCUGUGGCUAUGCUGCACCUUCUUUUUGUAUGUAAUGGAGCAGAAUAACGUUCCUUGUAUACUAGAGGAAAAAAAUCCUAAUGUCUCUGAAUAAAGAAGUCCCCCUAAAAGUUA